CUCUCCUGCUGUGAAGACGUAGCUGCGGGUGGCUGUGGUGGCGGCGUUCAAGAUGUCGACCAAGAAUUUCCGAGUCAGUGACGGUGACUGGAUUUGCCCCGACAAAAAAUGUGGAAAUGUAAACUUUGCCAGAAGAACCAGCUGUAAUAGAUGCGGUCGGGAGAAAACAACUGAGGCUAAGAUGAUGAAAGCAGGGGGCACUGAAAUAGGAAAGACACUUGCAGAAAAGAGCCGAGGCCUAUUUAGUGCUAAUGACUGGCAGUGUAAAACUUGCAGUAAUGUGAAUUGGGCCAGAAGAUCAGAGUGUAACAUGUGUAAUACUCCAAAGUAUGCUAAGUUAGAAGAAAGAACAGGAUAUGGUGGCGGCUUUAAUGAAAGAGAAAAUGUUGAAUAUAUAGAAAGAGAGGAAUCUGAUGGUGAAUAUGAUGAGUUUGGACGUAAAAAGAAAAAGUACAGAGGAAAGGCAGUUGGUCCAGCAUCUAUUUUAAAGGAAGUCGAAGAUAAAGAAUCUGAGGGAGAAGAAGAGGAUGAGGAUGAAGAUCUUUCUAAAUAUAAAUUAGAUGAGGAUGAGGAUGAAGAUGAUGCUGAUCUCUCAAAAUAUAAUCUUGAUGCCAGUGAAGAAGAAGAUAGUAAUAAAAAGAAAUCUAAUAGACGAAGUCGCUCAAAGUCUCGAUCUUCACAUUCACGAUCUUCAUCACGCUCAUCCUCCCCCUCAAGUUCAAGGUCUAGGUCCAGGUCCCGUUCAAGAAGUUCUUCCAGUUCGCAGUCAAGAUCUCGUUCCAGUUCCAGAGAACGUUCGAGAUCUCGUGGGUCGAAAUCAAGAUCCAGCUCCAGAUCCCACAGGGGCUCUUCUUCCCCACGAAAAAGAUCUUAUUCAAGUUCAUCAUCUUCUCCUGAGAGGAACAGAAAGAGAAGUCAUUCUAGAUCUUCAUCUGGUGAUCGCAAAAAAAGACGAACAAGAUCACGGUCACCCGAAAGCCAGGUGAUUGGUGAAAACACUAAACAACCCUGAGCCCAGGGCCAACCCCUCGGAACACCACUACUUUACCCAGGCACCACAGGUCAUCUUCUGGAUCAUCCCAUUCUGGUUCUCGUUCAAGUUCAAAAAAGAAAUAAUGUAUUAAAAUUUACAUCUUAAAAAAAAAAGUCCAGUACAGUGCAUGAAGCAUAUUUUUUAAGAAGUUGGUGUCUUACUUGGUCAGAAGUGCUAAAUCUGCUAGUAGAGGUGCAUGCCUUUCAUUGCUUUUCAGAACAAUACAGCUGUGUUUAUUUGUGAAAUUAAAAGUAAAUAGUAUUUUAAGCCAUAAAGUCCCAAAAUAGAUGCUCUAUUUAUCACUCUUUAUUUACAACCAUUUAUUUAAAACCAUCUCAGCUAUAACAAAGUAACUUUGUUUCUUUUUUUUUUUACUUUGUUUCUUAAUCUGAAUUCUUGAUUUUCUCAUUUCCAAAUAGGAAUUGUUUAUUGAUUUAAGAUAAGAUUUCCUUAGGCUUGCCUAAAAUUUUGGCAUGGAAGCAGGACUGUGGUGAAGUAGUUGGAAACAGUCUUAUUUAUUUUAACCUGAGAAAAGGAGUCAGCCUGUUUAUGUUAACCUAUAUUAAAGUGAUUCUUAUCAGAAAAAGUUGAACUAGUUGUAAAACAGCCAACCGGGAAGCUUCAUGAAAUUCCCUAUGCUAAGGGUGCCGUAGAAUCAUUGUCUUUCUUUUAUUCGGUUUUACCUUUUGCACCACAUUUAAUGCAGAAAAAUCUUGUGAAUUGUAGGAGAAAGGUGUUACUCAUUUCUCACUUUCUGACACACAAUUUUGAGUAAGAAUAUCUAACAGUUCAUUUCUAAUCUGCUGAUAUGGUCGUUUGAUGAAAAAAAAUUUCAAGAUGUUUAUCUUAAUAUUUUAAGCAGCUUUGUGUAAUAUCCUUUAAAUGAUAGGGCAGACAAAACUAAAUUAUACUUAAUGAAGAACAAAUUGAAGAAAGCUUCUGAAGUAUAGUUCUCUGGGUGAAAGACCCAACAGACAGACACAUUGUUAAUUUAAGUAGACAUUUGCAGUGAUGUUUAACUUCCAACACACAGCAUAAAAUUUUCUUCUGAGUGACAAAUGAAUGUUUAUUUCUACAUGACAUAAGCAGAAAUAAUUGUUCCUUUUCACUUGAAAUUACUUAUGGCUUAAAAUACUUUCAGAGUUUAUUUCUCAAAAUUAAAAUCUGGUCACUUGAGCUUUAUUAUAUCUUCUGGUGUAAAGACAAAAAGGUUUCUCUUAACAGUAUCUUCAGUGACAAUACAAGGUAAGUAUAUUAAGGAAAAUCAACAAUUGUGCUUGGGGACUUUUUGUUAUGGGGAUUAAUACCCACUGUUUCGGUAUUUUUAUUUUUUAAACAGUAAUGUCUUCGGCAAUUAAAAGGUUUUAAGGUAUUUUGUAGACAGACCAAACAAAAUUAUAUUUGUUUUUUUAUUUUAAAAUAAGUGAUUUUUUUCUUCAGCUGAUCUAAAGAUGAAAGCAAAAUAUCUUACGUAGAAAUAUUUUGAUAAUAUUUUUACAAUGAACUUUCCUCUUGUUUUCUUGUGUCUUAAUUUUCUUUGCCACAUUUACUGUAGUUUGCACAAGGACUGUUCUCUCUUGUAAUUGUGCCUCAGACUUCUUGAAAGUCCACCUUCUAAAUUGCCCAGAUGAUCUUUUAGAUUCUACAUGUUACUGUCGGUUUAUUCUUGUGCUUUCUGUAUUUAAAACUUUGGCUGUACUAAGCAAAUGCAAGAUUAUAAAUGUAGCUAGUAGUAGUAUACAGACAAUUCAGAUGAUUAUGAUUUCAUUUGGUUUAACUAAGCUGUACUAGUCCAUUUCAUAAGGAAAUGAUGCUGUAGACAAAUGUAAAUAAAGCUUGUGAGUCAAGCAUCAAGUGGUGUUUGUUAGAAAUAAAUGAGAAUUUUUAA